UCUCUUUUAGGAUUUGCAGAAAACAGAUAUCUGUCCAGGUCUUAAAGUUUACUAAGUUAAAGUUCCCUUUCCAACGAUAAAAAUAGUCAAUCUCUUCAGUACAAUCCAGUAUAUCAACACUCAGUUGAGUUGUUAAACAGCAUGAGAUUUAAGAGCAGAAGGAAAAGGCCAUGACGUUAGAGUCGAUUAUAUAUAUAUAUAUAUAUAUCAUUAUUCAGAUAUAGAUAGAAUUUUUCUUAUGAUCAAGUAAAUAUUUGUUUCUCUCCAUGCUGGGUUUUUUUUUUUUUUUUUUCAGGGGAAUGACAGUUAGAUCCAAGAAAUUUUUUUUUUUUUUUAAAUAAGUGGUAGAUGUCAUUUCAAGCAACUGCAAAUUCAGCAGUAUGGGUCAAAUGAAUCAUCUAAAUUUUAAAUGUAACUUUCGAUUUGCAAUGUUAUAGAAUUUAGAUUGGAAAGAGAGAGAAAGAGAGGGGAAAAAAGCGAGAAAGGAAAUAGAGAGAUAUAAAUAUGCAAUUCUCCAAUUCUCAUUGAUAUUGGAAGGUUGCUGAAGCAGUUAAUGACGAGGGUGAAUGGAAGUGGGAGAUUCUGGAGAAUGUACUACCUGAGAAUGUUAAAAGGGGACUUCGUGCGCUGCUACCUCCUGAUGAGGAGGAGGAUGCUGAUAUAAGUUGUUGUUUAGAGAUAAACUGGGGCAAGCUAGUAAGGCAUGGAAUUUGACUUGGAAAUGACACGGAAUUGAGAGAAUCUAGUGAUUCUUUUGGCUUGCUAUUCACAAUAGAUUUCAUACAAAUGUCAUAGGUUGGGUGUGGCUCAGGGCUGUGGCUUUUGUGGGGAGCCAGAAUCUGUGAUACACAUGUUGAGGAAUUGCAGCAAGGCCUCUGUCAUUUGGAUUUACCUAUUUUCUCCAGAAUUGCUGAGUAAUUUUUUUGGUGAGGAUAUGAAGAGCUGGGCUAGAUCUAACCUGAAGCUUAGUAGAGUGAAGGUUGAAAGGAUUGAGUGGAGAGUCAUCUUUGGUGUGGCUUGCUGGAUUAUUUGGAAAGAAAGGAAUAGGAGGAUCUUUAGAAAGGAGGAAAGGGAGAGAAGGGUGGAGGAAGUUUGUUGGCUGAUCCUCAGUUCUAGUCAUAAUAUGUGCAGAGUCAGAUUUGAAGCUAACUCCUCUGUGCAGCAGACAAGAAUCGUUGAGCUCGUUUGCUGGUCUUCCCUGAGAAGGGAAGGGUGAAGGUCAACACGGAUGGAGUUUGUAGGGGCUGUGAGCCCUUGGUAGGAGAUGUGGUAUCGUAUGAGACUGGAAGGGUAUGUGGCUACUGGGUUUUUUGAAGAAUUUGGGUGGCUGCUCAAGCUGAACUUUGGGGCAUGUUGGAAGGAUUGAAGCUUUGUUGGGAAGCUGGAUUCAGAAGGGUGGUGGUAGAAGUUGAUUCUCAAGGUGUGUUGAGACAAAUUGAAGGCUUGGAGAGCAAUGAGAGUAGAGUCAGACUGCAGGUGAACGAUAAGGACUGGAGGAGAGAGGAUUGGAAUACAAGGAUUACCUAUGUGCCUUAUGAAGGUACAUUUUUCUAUUUAGAAUACAACUUUCAUUGUCGUUUGUAUAGGCCAAACAGGCAUCUAGCGUCAUUUGAUAAAGGACGUACUCAAGGAGACCCCCAUGAUAAGAUAAACGGCCUAGGUAAUCAAGUGGCCAGAACUGGGGAUAAGGUAAGAAUCAAAUACAUACCUCUCGGUAAGAAAGAUGAGCCUGGAAGUGGAUGGGGCAUUUUGGAACUGAUUUUGGGUCAAGGACAAAAUGUAGGAUUUGAUAAAGCAAUAUGCGGAAUGAAAGUUGAUGGAGUGAGAGAUGUUACAAUUCCAAAACAUCUUUGCCCAAGGCCCAAUGGGAUUCGUAGGCGUCUUUAUCUUUGCGGCAUCCAUCAAGAUUUUGAUGAUGUGUUAAUGUCAUACAUAUACAUUGCAAGUUGUGCACGAUGCCUCAGGUUUUGAAGAAAAUUCCAACCCUCUGGAACUCGAAGGGUGAGAAGAAAUUUCGUGUUGCGCUUUUGACCAUCUCACCACCCGAUUCGGGGAAGAAGUGAAGUAGAUAGGUCAUUCUGGUAGAUAGGCAUGGUUACUUCCCAAAGUAUAUAGUACAUUUUUGCAUUGCAUUCUUAUAGUAAUUGUGAAGCUAAUCGUAUGUUGCAUAUAGGUUGUUUGUUUUUAAUCGAGCUUUAUUAUCAUCAUAAUUCUGUCAUGAUUAUUUUAUAAUAAGGAUCUAUGAAUAUUUGUAGAAUU